AUGGUUAAUCAAGGGAUAGUUUUGGGACAUAUUGUAUCUGCUAAGGGUAUUCAGGUAGACAAGGCUAAGGUUGAUAUUGUGCAUCACUUACCCUCUCCCACAACUGUGAGAGAGGUUCGUUCUUUCCUUGGUCAUGCAGGAUUUUAUAGGAGAUUCAUCAAGGAUUUUUCCAUGGUGGCGAGACCUAUGUGUACCCUAUUGCAGAAGGAUAUGCCGUUCAUAUGGGAUGAUGCAUGUGAAAAAGCGUUUGUGAAGUUGAAGGAGUUGUUGACUAGUGCACCCAUCAUUUGUCCUCCGGAUUGGAACCUGCCCUUUGAGUUGAUGUGCGAUGCUUCGGAUUAUGCAGUUGGGGCGGUGUUGGGCCAAAGAAGAGAAAAGAAGCCCGUAGUGAUCUACUAUGCGUCUAGGACUCUUAAUGAGGCCCAGAUGAAUUAUUCGACUACGGAAAAAGAACUUUUGGCUAAAAUGGCUAGAUACUAUAUUUGGGAUGAACCGUAUUUAUGGAAACAAUGUAGUGAUCAAGUCAUUAGGAGAUGUGUCCCAGAGAAUGAGUCUUGUGAUAGGUGUCAACGGACUGGUAAUAUUGGUAAGAGAGAUCAAAUGCCCUUAUCCCCCAUUAUAAUUGUCGAAAUUUUUGAUGUGUGGGGCAUUGAUUUCAUGGGUCCAUUUCCUUCAUCUAGAGGUUUCUUGUAUAUCUUGUUAGCUGUUGAUUAUGUGUCGAAGUGGGUGGAAGCAAAGGCCACCCGAACUAAUGAUUCGAAAGUGGUUGCAGGUUUCUUGAGAACUAACAUAUUUUGCAGGUUUGGAGUACCAAGAGUUUUGAUAAGUGAUGGAGGUUCUCAUUUCUGCAACCGGACUAUUGAGGCAUUGCUUAAGAAGUAUGGAGUAACCCACAAGGUUUCGACACCAUAUCAUCCUCAAACAAGUGGCAUGGCAGAAGUGUCCAACAGAGAGAUCAAGGGAAUUAUGGAGAAGACUGUAGGUCCAACAAGGAAGGAUUGGAGUGAUCGAUUAGAUGAUGCAUUAUGGGCCUACAGGACUGCGUACAAGACGCCUAUUGGGAUGUCACCAUUCAGAUUGGUGUAUGGGAAGGCAUGUCACCUUCCAGUGGAGUUAGAGCACAGAGCAUGGUGGGCGGUGAAGACAUUCAACAUGGACAAGGAUGCAGCUGGUCUUCAUAGGAAAUUGCAGCUCAAUGAGCUUGAGGAGAUACGAAAUGACGCCUAUGAUGCUGCAUGGAUUUACAAGGAGAAAACGAGAGCUUAUCAUGACAAGAUGAUUCGUGGGAAAGAGUUUGUAGUUGGUCAAAAAGUUCUUUUAUUCCAUUCUAGACUUAAACUUUUUCCUGGAAAAUUACGUUCUCGUUGGGUUGGUCCAUUUGUUGUUACUAAUGUGUUUGCUCAUGGUGCUAUUGAAAUU